AUGAGACAACCACCACCACCACCCCCCCUGCCGAAGGAAAGGAUCACCUUGCAGAAACCAUUUGCCGCAGUCGGCGUGGACCACACCUCAGCCAUACAAACCGAAACACGACCAGGCUAUAUCCUCCUCGUGACAUGCAUGGCCACCAGGGCCGUGUAUUUAGAUGUCUGCCCCUCCUUGGAUGCGGAGGAAUUUGUUCUAGCUCUUCGAAGAUUCAGUGCUACGCAUGGAGCCCCGACCAUAAUCACUUCUGAUAACCACCAAACGUUCAAGACGGCCAGCAACCUCCUUCAGGGACUUUAUGAAGAGGAUGAAGUCCAGCAGUUCCUGAGGAGGACUGGCGUAGAAUGGCGAUUUCAAACCCCCCGUGCGCCGUGGAAAGGCGGUUUUUUCGAGCGUCUGAUUGGUGUCACAAAACGUGCCCUUCAGAUAGCCCUCGGGAGAAAGUAUCUCCCGGAGGCCCACGUAUUAACUCUAGUGAAAGAGGCGGAGGCGGUAGUGAAUAAUAGGCCGUUGAUGUAUAGCGGUGACAAGUGCGAGGACGAGGUCCUCACCCCCUCUCAUUUAGUGCGAGGUCACUUAAUUAACUUAAUGGCACCUGUUUUGCCAGAUGAAGACCUUAAUGCUACCUUCACCUCCCGGAGGCUACAAGAUCGAUAUCUUAAACUAACAGACACUUUGAAAGCCUUCCGGGAGAGGUGGAGGAAGGAGUACCUGAGUGCCCUAAGAGCCCGACACGAUUGUCAGUCUGGGGAACCCACCAAGCUGCACCCUGGAGACAUCAUGUUAGUAAAGCAAGAAAAUCAAAAGCGGGCAAGGUGGCCCCUUGGACGCGUCGUGGAGACGUACCUGGACGAUGACGGCGUCGUGCAUUCGGCAAGCCACUUGGUUCCCCUGGAAAUUGCCCCCUCAGAUGACGAUGAUGGUGUUGGAGACGAACGGCGUGACGAUGUUGAUGGUGCGACGGAGGAGAUGGUGCGUGACGACGACGGCAACGAAGAGGUGCGAGACGAGGGAGCGUACAGCCCAGCAGUAGGUGUUCCAGGAAAUGUUGUGACGUCUGGGGAUGACCAAGGGAUGGCACUGGCUGCAACAUCCGAACAACCAGCCACAAAGGUCUUGAGUGACAAAGACACUGACGAUAUUGGUAACGAAUAG